AUGUCUAGACGCUUCCAGCUGGUCCCCGUCCUCAUCUGCCUGACGAUCACCGUGCUGAUCAGCUUCAGCAGAACGGCGUCGGCGGACACGCCGGACUGCCCAUACCCGUGCCUGCCGCCGCCAUCCGCUGGAGGAGCCAUCAACAGCUACCCGCCACCGCAACCGUUCACAGGAGGCGGCGGCUUCGGCGGGAGCUAUCCGCCACCUCCGCCAGGGAGCUACCAGCUGACCCCGCCGGGAGUGAUGCCGGGCUUCUCCCCACCGUACAGUGGAGGAUUCCCCUCUGGGCCAGCCCCGCCGCCGCCCAACCCGGUCCUCCCGUGGUUCCCCUGGUACUACCAGCACACCAACCCGAUCACGGGGUCGACGACGUCGGCGUCCUCACCGGCCAUGGACGGCAGGUCGACGGUCACAGUCGCGGUGCUGCUCCCUCUGUCCUUGCUCGUUAUUCUUCCUGUGCUGUAG